AUGACGGAUUAUAAGAAACAGAAAACUGAUAAUAAUAAUAAUAAUAAUAAUAAUGAAGGUGUAAAUCAAUUCUCAAGGAGAGGUGAAGAAUCAAAUUCAUAUUUACCAUCAUCUAUAUAUGCAAAUAAACCAGAAAAAUUACCAGCUUGGUUAGAAGAGAAAUUACACCAAGACAGAAAAUAUGAUAAAUAUGGGACAAGGCAGCAAUUACGAGAUCAAAAUGAUAGAGCAGAUGCUUAUGCGAAGUAUGGAGCAAAAGAAACUCAAAAUUCAAGGUUAAAUAGACUCAAGAGAACAAAAGAAGAAUCGCGACAAGAAACACCACAAGAAGAAGAACAUGAUGAUGAUGAUGAUGCUGAUGAAGAAGAAAUAUCACCUUAUAUACAUCUUGAUGUAGCCAAUCCUUCGGUAAACCAUUUUCAUAAAAAGCAACAACAACCAAACUACCAUACAUUUCAAUCAAAGAUAUACAAUAAAGAGAAUAAAGAUAUAGAUUCAAUUGUUAAAAUGCAUUAUAAUCAAAGAACUCAACAAUCAAAGCACCAGGGUUCAAGAACAAAUUCUCCAAUUUAUAAAUUAAGAAACUUUAAUAAUACAAUAAAGUAUAUUUUAUUAAGUAAUUGGGGUAAGCAAAUAGAUCAGCAUGAUAAUUUUACUUUAUUAGAUUUAUGUUGUGGUAAAGGUGGCGAUUUAAAUAAAUGUGAAUUUAUUAAAAUUAAUCAAUAUAUUGGUGUUGAUAUUGCUAAUUUGUCAGUCAAAGAAGCAUUUGAAAGAUAUUCAAGACAAAAGGCAAGAUUUAAACAAUUUAAUAAUCAAAGAAAUUCCAAUAGAUAUAAUUUUGAAGCUUAUUUUGCAACUGGUGAUUGUUUUGAUGAAUUCAUACCAAACUUAUUAGAACCAAACUUUCCAGGAAUAAUAGAUAGAUUGUUUCCAGUUGAUGUUGUUAGUGUACAAUUUUCAUUACAUUAUGCAUUUGAAACAGAGGAGAAAGUAAGAACUCUUCUUACAAAUAUUUCCAGAUCCUUAAAAUCUGGUGGUAGAUUUAUUGGAACAAUACCAUCAUCUGACUUUAUAAAGGACAAAAUAGUUAAAAAUCAAUUAAUUCCAAAUGAUAAAGGAAAAUUAGGAUUUGGAAAUGAAUUAUAUUCGGUUACAUUUGAUAAAGAACCCUCACCAGAUGGCAUUUUUAGACCUCCAUUUGGAAAUAAGUAUAAUUACUGGUUGAGAGAUGCUGUUGAUGAUGUUCCCGAGUAUGUUGUGCCUUUCGAAACAUUACGUGCAUUAUGUGAAGAAUAUGAUUUGGUACUUAAGUAUAAAAAGAAUUUUCAAGAGAUUUUUACCCAAGAAAUACCAAAGUAUUUUAAAUUAUUAAAUAGAAAUUUGAUAGAAGGUUUGAAAAGAAGUGAUGGUAAAUAUGGAGUUGAAGGUGAGGAAAAAGAAGCUGUUGCAUUUUACGUAGGGUUUGUGUUUGAAAAACUGAUUUAA